CCUUCUUUAUAUCUGCGUCCAUUGUACAUGAUUAGACGCGCAUUUAUACCUCCAACCAACUUAACCAACCACAGGAGUGAACUACUAAACGCCAUCUCUGUCUGUGUCUCUCAAGUACGCCUGACAAUGUCCGAUCAUGUAGCAGUCUUCGCCUUCCCUUUCGGAACCCAUGCCGCUCCAUUACUCGCCAUCAUCCACCGCUUAGCCACUGCCUCUCCAAACACACACUUCUCCUUCUUCAGCACCCAACAAUCCAACAGUUCCAUCUUCUCCAUUUACAAGAAAAAGAUGAAUAUUAUGCAGCCCAACAUCAAAGCAUACGAAGUGUGGGAUGGUGCCCUCGAGGGCUACGUGUUUUCUGGGAAUCCCCAAGAGCACAUUGAGCUGUUCAUGAAGUCAGCUCGUGAGAGCCUCAAGAAGGCCAUGGAGGUAGCCGUGUCGGAGACGGGGAGAAAGGUGAGUUGUCUGGUGAGUGAUGCCUUCUUUUGGUUCGCUUGUGAGAUGGCGGAGGAGAUUGGGGUGGGCUGGCUGCCCUUUUGGACUGCAGGACCUAACUCACUUUCUGCUCAUGUUUACACUGAUCUCAUCAGGGAGACUUUUGGAGAUGGAGGUAUGGUAGGGCGUGAAGAUAAAACGAUAAGUUUAAUUCAAGGAAUGUCCAAGAUUCGAAUCUGUGAUUUGCCAGAAGGUGUACUCUUUGGAAACACAGAAUCAUUCUUUUCAAACAUGCUACAUAAAAUGGGAAAAGCGUUACCGCAAGCAGCUGCAGUCUUCAUUAACUCCUUUGAAGAGCUAGAUCCUGGCACAAUAAAGGACUUGAAGUCUAGAUUCAAAAAAUUUCUCAACAUUGGACCCUCCCAUUUGAUUUUAUCACCACCACCCAUGGAAGACACAUAUGGUUGCAUGACAUGGCUUGACAAGCAAAAACUUGCUUCGGUAGCAUAUGUUAGCUUUGGCUCCGUCACAACACCACCACCACAUGAACUUGUGGCACUAGCUGAGGCCCUUGAAACAAGUGAGACGCCGUUUAUUUGGUCACUUAAGGACAACUCAAAGGUACAUUUGCCCCAUGGAUUCUUGGACAGAACCACCUCACAGGGACUUGUGGUACCAUGGAGUCCUCAAUUGGAAGUUUUGGCACAUAGAGCAGUUGGGGUGUUUGUAACUCAUUGUGGAUGGAAUUCAUUGCUAGAGAGUAUUGCCGGAGGAGUGCCAAUGAUUUGUAGGCCCUUUUUUGGCGAUCAAAGGCUCAAUGGACGCAUGAUAGAGGAUGUGUGGGAGAUUGGUCUCAAAGUUGAGGAUGGAGUCUUUACAAAGCUUGAGGUGUUAAAUAGUUUGAAUAAAAUUCUUUCACACGAGGGGGGGCAGAAAAUGAGGGAGAAUAUAAGAGCACUUAAACAACUCGCAAAGAAAGCCAUUGGACCAAAUGGGAGCUCUAUCAAUAAUUUUAUCGCUUUGUCAAAUCUAGUGUUCAAUACAAAAAUCUAGUUAAUAUAUAUCUUCGUAAGAACCAGUAUUUAAUUUUGAGUUCGAGUGUGACAUUUUCGAAGUUCAAGUAAUAAUUUAUUUUCUCAUAUA